UCGGUAGUACUACUCGAUCUGAAUCGCUAAGUGGCAGUCUAGGAAGCCCGAUAGGCGUCACGUGGUAGAGAAGAUGUAAAUGCAGCUAAUGGCAGUUGGGCAAGAUUCAAAGAUGAGAUGCAAAGGAAGUACAGGCUGGGUGAUGGCCUGUUAACCACUGCGGACCUGGAAGCAAUAAACAGGAAUGACUUCACCACAGUAGGAGCCUUCCUACAAGAAUUUAAGAAGAAGGCGAGAAAGGUCCCUGGGAUUUCCGAGGAGGCGCAGUGUGCUAUUUUAUUUGCUCACUGACUCGGAAGCGUCAGAGCUGAUGAGCCAUGGAGGAGGAAGUGCGAAGCUCACCUGGGCCACUAUUGACAAAGGGGUAGAGAAAGGAAGUCUGGACCAGAUGGAGCAGUAUCAGAUGCGUUUGCGAAGGCGAAUGAGGAAAGAACGGGAUGCAACCGCUUCAGGGACUCCGGGAGUGAAGAGGAUUGUCACCGACGUACUUGCGGAGUUGGGCUAUGGGAAAGACGCAGUGAUACAAAAGAAAGUGGUGACGGCGAUCCAAGGAAAAGGGAAGGAUCCGGUGAUAGAGGAAGUCGUCCAUGAGGAGUGGGAAAAAGAGGAGCCGGUUAGGGCAAUCAAGGGAAUGGAGGAAGAGGCGGCGAAAGUGGAGGAAGAGGCGGCGGAAGAGGAUGUGGCAGGAAUGGCGGUGGCCGAGGAGGACAAUGGGAUAACCAAGGCUACCAGGGUCAGGAAAAUCAAGGGAGCCAGGGAGGCGGGAGGUCCCGUUUUUACUGGAGAACCGCUAUAUGCCAACAUUGUGACAAACAAGGCCAUACUACUAUAUGGUUCUGCAAUACUAGGCGGAGUAAGUGCGGAGGCUCAUAGAAGAAUAGCUAUGAGACAAGCACCACCUGCCACGUUCAGGUUGUGGCAGGAAAAGGAUGACCCACCAAUUAGGGUGGAAGAGGUGGAAAGUGAUGAAGAGGUGACUCAGAGGCUACGGGCAGGAGCUAUAAAGGAAGAGCCCAUAGUCGUUGAGUUAGACGAAGAGGGCGAAGAUGGGAAAGUAGAGGCAACAUCCAUCCUUAUGAGGAAGAUGGAAUACUUGUGGGAGAAAAUAGGGAGGUACCAGCAAAAGUUGGUAGAUAUUUGCGAGAAAGUAAAGGGAUGGAGGGCUGGUAUUCCCAAAGUCUUUCUCUACGAGUCUGACCCGAAAUCGAUGCCAGGGCGACCCAGAGUAGCUAUCGUGGGAUCAGGCCCGCGGUCUGGAAUGAUGGUCAGACCCCCUACGACACAAGGAAGAAUGGAGCAGCCGACUCGUACUAGAGGCCAGGCUAAGGCCAGUGCAAGCCAGGAACCUCCACGAAGAGAGCCAGAGUCAGACAAGAGAAAAGAGGUCGUAGAGGUGGAGGAUGAGGAGGAGGAAGACGAGAAGGAUGAAAGGCUGCGCCAGGAAGAGGACCAGAGGGCGAAGCAAAGGGCCAAGAAGAAAGGAGCCCAUGAAGAAGCCGAACCAGUUCUGCGCGAUGCCUCGCCGAGGAAAAAGAAGUAUGCGGUCCGAUUGGAGGAAGGUUUUGACGUGGAGAAGAUAAUCGAUAGAUUACUUGAGGGUCAUAACGACCUGGUAACCUUGAAAGAGAUCCUGGCGUCUGCUCCUAAGCUCCGCAACGAGUUAAAGAGAAGGCUCUCUCGGCGCUUAGUACCGAAUGUCCAUCUAAGUGUGAUUCUGCCAAAAGAGGCAGAAUGGGUGGAAACUGGAACGAAGAUGGACUGGAAGUGUGUGGCCUGCGGCAUGGUGGAUUUGGUGGUGAAAGGCUCCAAGUGCGCAACAAUGGUGGACACAAGAGCAGAGAUGAACAUCAUCAGGGAAGUUGACGCACUCAGGUUCGAAUUAGAGAUAGACCGCUCGGAUUGCGGCAUUUUACAUGGAGCCAAUUGCAAGGCAGUGUUUUGUGGGACAGCCUCGAACAUACUUAUCGAGGUUGGGGGAGUGAAGGGUCCCCAAAGGCGGUACAAGACGAUAGAUAAGAAGUGUCUCCCAACUCCCGUCCUUGUCACGGAAGAUGAGGAGGUUUAUUACGAAUGGGAACAAGGAUUGACACGACGUAUGAGGGAGCAAGCAGCGGCAGGGCCGUGCCGUAUCAAUGAAGGGAACGGGGAGAAGUUGAUAGUGGGAGAGUCGGACUUCUUGUUACCACAGGAGAGGGCGCUGAUGGUAGAGUUGAUGAAGAAAAGGCAUCGCGCCUAUGCGUUCGAUGACGAUCAGCGAGGGCGGUUGGACGUAGAUAGGAUCCUCAUGAUCUGGAUUCAUACCGUGUCGCAUGAGCCAUGGAAUCUAAGAGGGGCACGAUAUCCCAAUCCUGGCGAGGAGAAGAAGGUAGUGGAUUACCUCGACGACAAGAUACGUACGCAUAAGGCAGAGUUUGUGCUCAAGCCUUUUGAGGAGGAAGACCCAUGGGGCGGCAAAGAUGUUCAGUGGAUGAUGAAAUUGGCACUAGCAGGCACGCAUAGUCUGGUGGAGGAGGUGAGAACGAUAGAGGAAGGGUCAGACCAUGCAGAGAAGCACGAGGAAUUGAUGGGAGGGAUGUACCUCCUCGUCAAUACACUUCUGCAGGGAAACUUUGAUCAGAUAAGCUCGCCGAAUCCCACUGAGAAUGAAGAUGUGGUGCCAGAAAGCCAGGAUGACGAGUUUGAGGAGGGAGAGAUCAAAGAAGCAUUCUGUGCAGAGGAAUAUGAUGGGAUCUACCUGGAGCUGGGACCUCUCCUAUUAUGGGAGCCGCUGCAUCCGAGGUUAGAAAGGGAAGUGGGGGUCGUAGUACAUCUCGAUUUACUCUUCAUGCCAAUUGGGGAUCAUGACUACAAUUAUAUCUUCGAUGCGCUUGAUAACCUCUCUGGCUUUGUAGAUGGACGAGCCAUUCGUAGAAAGACCGGUUCGGUUUUGGCAAGCUGCAUCGAGAAGUACUACCUGCGUUAUCCCUUUGUCAGAGAGUUCGUGAUUGACAGAGGUCGGAGUUUACCAGCCAAGAAGUCUGACUUCGCGAAGGCAGCCAUGCCAAGAGGAGGGAGGGGGACGCGGCCGUCACAGAGGCCAUUGGGAGCAUCGGGAGGUUAUGAGCGGCAUAGGUCUCGCCAUAGGGAGCACACGCCCGUAUACGACGAUGGGGAUAUAGAGCUCUUCUUGGAUGAUUCCAGAGAGCAUGCGGAGCACAUGGGAUGGACGGUGACCCAAAUGAUCAAGAGGCUGAGAGGAGCCGGCAGAUUCGAGGAGCCCAUCGCACAGAUCCGUAGGGAGGCAAGGACCUGGCCAGAGGUGGAAACGAGGAUGCAAGAGUUGAGACCAUCACCUGUGGGACCAGAUGGCAGGCCGAUUCAUUUGGAGAUUGGGAAUAUGGAGGACUUUAUCCCCGCCUUCGAGCAGUUCAUGCACGAUCAGCUCGUAUUGAGGGAUGAGUGGGCGCGGACGCUGCCACUAUGGACCAGGAAGGCAGAGAGGCCGUUAGCCAGACAGAUCAGAGACAUGGCUCGAGACUGGGCGAGUUGCAGGGCACAUUUGAGAGAGGCCUUUCGACGACCGGAGCCACCUCAGCCUAGGGUUGAGAGGGGGCGGACGAGCAAGAGGCAAAGGGACCCUGAGCCCAGAGAGGUCAUGCCAUCUCGAGGAGGGCGAAAGGCGCUCGCUAGGCGAGAGGAGGAGCCAGUACUCGUGGAGGAGGAGCGAGGGGCAUAUCGCGAGUGUGGGAUAGCCCCGGUGGUCUUCGAGCGCUUUAUUGGAGCUGAGUUGAGUGGGUCUCCCCAACGCACGAGAGAGGAGGUGCCACUAUCCGGAGGAUCACUGCAGGAUCUGGAGGCGCACCUAGAUAUCUCACAGUGGAGAGUGCCUCAGGCUGAUGAGGGGUGUGAUGAGCCAGUUGGAGAUGCGCCACGAGAGGAGGUCCGUCAGAGAGAGAAAGUGGUAGAACCAGGUGAUCAGGGUGGACGCAUAGCAGAGGGGGUGGUAGAGGUUGGAGGGUAUACUCCACCUCAGGCGCAUGUUGUAGAGUUGGGUCCAGAGAUCGUACCGGAGAUCGCCCACGAGGAGAGGGAGGAGCCUCGACAGGAGGAGAGUCUGUCCUCGCCGCCGGAAGCAACCCUUUCACCGGGGGUGAGGAUGGAGAUGGAGCGAGAACAGACUGACUGGAGAAGAGAGGCCAUCUCCACGAUUGAUAGGUAUCUGGCUGCGCAUGCCCAAGAGCACCCUCACAUCGAGGAGCCCGUGCCUAUGGAGCCACCGUAAGAGCCACGCUAGCCACAGAGGGAGGCGGGGGCCGAGAUUCCAGAGA